AUGGACCCCCUCGAAGAAGCACCCUGGGCCGAUACUCCGCAGUCGACGCCGGCCGCGCACGAAGAGGGAUCCGCGGCAGCCCCGUCGUCUGGGGCGGACAAGCCGUCUGCUGACACGACAUCCUCGGCGCCGGCCUCAUCUGGGGGCCGGCCGGCACGCGCGGCCCCUCGCCGACUGGUGGCUCAGCCCACGCGGCUACAGGCUGUCGAAGACGAUCCUCUCGGUCCGCUCGGUGCGCUGAGCAGCAGCACAUCGACGCUGUUUGGCGCCGAUGUUUCGACCGAGCCUGCCGCCACCGGUCUGGAGUCGCCGCCGGCGCCGCCCCUGAAGGAGCUGCCGCUGCGGUCAACCAUGCCGGCGGGUGCCGGCAGCAGCUCUCUGCGUGGACCGGCUGACCCGCAUCGCAUCGACAUUGACGAUCUCGACGGUGGCGGCACCGGCGGCUUGUUUGACGGCCAGUCGGCCCGUGGCGCCAGAGUGCCGCCGCCCGUGGCCGCCUCCGUGCCGACGCCUAUGCGAACAACAAGCCGGCCGAGCGUGACGAUCGAGCAGGCCUCCAAGCCGAGCUUCUACAUCUCCGUCGGCGAUCCGCACAAGAUCGGCGGGGCCACCGGCUCGCACAUUGAGUACAGCGUGAAAACACAGACCACAUCCAAGGCCUACAGACAGCCCGAGUUUGUCGUCAACCGACGCUAUCGCGACUUCCUGUGGCUGUACAGCCAGAUGCAUGCCAACUGUCCGGGCGUGGUGGUGCCUCCGCCGCCGGAGAAGCAGGCCAUGGGCCGGUUUGAAAGCAACUUUCAGGACGGCGACCUGAAGCUCUUCCUCGAGAGCGAAGCCUUCAACGUGGACGUGAAGCACAAGGAGCGGAAGGAGCCGAAUCUAGGCGAGAGCAAGGGUAUCAUGAGCAGCCUAGGCCUCAGCGUCGGAGGCGGCGUCAAGUUUGUGGAGCAGGACGAUUGGUUUCACGAACGGCGCAUCUACCUGGACGCGCUGGAGAUUCAGCUCAAGUCGCUGCUGAAGGCGAUGGACAGCAUGGUGACGCAGCGCAAGUCUAUGGCCGACGCAGCGGCAGACUUCUCGGCCUCGCUGCACGCGCUCUCGACCGUGGAGCUGUCGCCGAGCCUGUCGGGUCCGCUCGAGGCGCUCUCGGACCUGCAGGCGACGAUCCGUGACGUGUACGACCGGCAGGCGCAGCAGGACAUCCUGACGUUUGGCAUCACCAUUGACGAGUACAUCCGCCUGAUCGGCAGCGUCAAGCAGGCCUUUUCGCAGCGGCAAAAGGCCUUUUACAGCUGGCACUCGGCCGACGCCGAGCUGCAGAAGCGCAAGACGGCCCAGGACAAGCUCCUGCGCCAGGGCAAGAGCCAGCAGGACCGGCUGAACCAGAUCGGUGCCGACGUGGCCGACGCCGAGCGCAAGGUGCACCAGGCCCGGCUGCUGUUCGAAGACAUGGGUCGGCUGAUGCACAACGAGCUGGACCGGUUCGAGAGAGAAAAGGUGGAGGACUUUAAGAGCGGCGUGGAGACGUUUCUGGAAAGCUCUGUGGAGGCACAGAAAGAGUUGAUCGAAAAGUGGGAGACGUUCCUGAUGCAGCUCGACGCAGAGGAUGACGAGACGGCCUUUUACAGACCCCCGGUCCUGCAGUCGGCAAGCCGGCCGGCCGGCGACACAGCCAUAGACCGAGCCAGAGCACACAUUGACGAGGACUCUGACUAA